AUGUUGCAAACUCCCAAGCGUGUUGCUUUCAAAGAGACUCGUCAUGAGGAAGAGGCUCCAUCAUUACUUUUCCGAACUCCAAAGGGCCAAACAUCAUGUAAGCUCAUUCUGAAGAAGAAAGUUUCCACUCCGUUUAGAUCAACCACAUCGGACGACAAAGAAAACACACACCCUAUUUCCGAGAUAUUCGCCUCUCCUGUCCAAGUCAAAAAGAGGGCAAGUAGAAGAAGGAUCAAGAAAUCAAAUGACAGUAACCCUACUUGUGCCCAAUCCGUCUCUUUGGAUUCUUCAUCAUCUCAGUCAUCGUCUGGGCAUCAUGAAAUUAUUACGAUCGUCAGUGAGGAAGAGAAAGACCCAUCUCCUCUGACACCAACACAACAAAAACAAACAUUUCAAUCUCCAAAACCACCAACUCGUUUGAAUGACUCCAUUUUUGAUACAAAACCACCAACUAGCCAUAGAUAUUCUCACAUGAAAACACCUGUCACGAGUCGAAAGCAAACAAUUUUUUCUCCUGCUCUCUUCUCCCCUUUCAAUAGUGUAGCACCUUUGCUUAACUCUGUGUACAGUAAGAAAAUUUCAAAAUCAAAUGUUAAGAAGUUGAAACCAAAAAUUAGAUACGGAAUUACCGAAGAGGAACUUAUUAAGCAUUACACCGUUUCAGAAUUAAGAGAUUACUGUUUAACACAUUCAGAAAAGAAGCAUGUAGGCCUCUCAAAAAAAGAACUUGUGGAAAAGGUGAUGAAAAUUUUAGAACCAACCUCUCAAAUGUUUAUUUUAACAAGUCCACGUAUUGCCGAUAUCAAACGAAAGCAGAGAGAUUCUGAGCUAUUGACAGAGAAUGAACAAGUGAUGGCGGAUGCUAUUGAACGGCUCGAAGAUGAUUCUUCUUCUGAGGAUCAUGAGAUUGGAGAUGACAUGACUUGUAGAACGCUUGUCACUCCUUCAUCAAGAGGAUCCACUGUUAAAAUGGAAAGUAAUUUGUAUUCUCAAUUCUAUAAUCUUGGUCUGAGAAGUAUCUCAAGUAUGAGAUCGUAUUGUUUAGAAAACAAUAUUAAUGCCACUGGAAACAGAGACACUUUGAAAAGAAGAAUUAUUUUACAUCUAUCCAAAACACAAGCUAAAGAUUAG